AUGGGCCAGAAGAACGUCCACCUCGUUCCCGAGCUGAAAUACACGCAUAACAUGCCGCAGGUACUUUUGCCGCCUUCCGACAUUGGAACCGUGUGCGAUGAGGCGCUAAUGUGCGAUAUGUUCCGGGCCGAAGUUCACGAACACCAUGCAGCCGCUCCGUUUUGUCCAUCACAAAUGCCAACGACCGCGUCGGCUGCCACCAGCGGACUGGUGGUUGUAUCCGCUAUCUUUCCUGUCCUGUCAGCCAUUGCUCUUUAUUUGCGGGUCAUUGCUCGCCGUCGCAAUGCUACCAAGGUAACUCGUUCCGACGAGAUUUGGCUUCUUAUCUCCUGGCUGACCACUUUGCCAUUGAGCAUUGUGGUCUGGGUGGUUGCCGCGAGGUCCGGAAUCAAUCGCUACAAAAUAGAUGCUGUCACUGGCACUAAAUACUCCCUUGCUUUCACGCUCACGGAUGCACGGCCUAUCUCAGAGCCAUGGUCAGGGCACGCAACCUUGCCUUAUGACACAACGGCGUUGGGCUUGGCACAGGUCGGGACAAACCUCGGAUUGGACGUUGUCGUGUUGUGCUUCCCGAUUCCUGUCAUCUCACGCCUGCAUAUGCCUACCCAGCGCAAAGUGGUAGUGGGAAUGAUUUUUUGGCUUGGGAUCUUCUGCUGUGUUGCCUCCAUUGUCCGGCUCGUUCUGCUGGAAGAGUCUCUUGCUAUCAUCGACUCCGACCCGGACGAGAACAUUUACCUCCAAGCCGACAUCAUUAUUUGGAAGAUCAUCGAGCCAAACGCGUCCAUCAUCGCAGCAUGCUUGCCGUGUUAUGGUCCGUUCCUCAACAGCCGCACAGCUGAAUCAAUCGUGCAGAGUGUACGGUCUGUGAUAAGUCUAAGGAGCCUCAGAAGUCCCCGCGGAUCCCAGAGCUCCGGAGGAAGAACUAGCAACAAGAGGGGCAACGACCCAUCAAGCGACUCUCAGGUUGAGUUGACCCAUCAAGAUGGGGCAGAAAAUGGUCGUCUGAAUACAGGCGCUGUCUCAGAUGAACAAGGACAAUUGAAGCAACACCCUUCUGUUGCGGGAAGCUCAAUGGACAGGCCUGCCGGCGGAAUCACCGUCACCACUGGCAUCACAGUGGUCAGCAAAUAA